AUGGCCUCCCGCACAGGAUCUGCCAGGCUCACCCUGUUCCUGCUGUGCUGCACGGGAACCUGGCUGGCGUCCCACCUGACAUCCAUCCAUGAGCCUCCAGCAGCGGACCGGCGGAAGAUAAUCUCGAUGUUAGAGAAGCUGUCUUGGAAACUCCUGGAGGGCUACCUGGCGAAGGAGAAGGGAGUGCAGGAAACCAAACGCUACUCGCUGCCCUGCUCCACGGCGCCCUCCCAGCCAGCAGACCUCGUCAACAGCUCGGCCAUCAUGCCCUAUUUCCAGGCCAUCAAGCCACUACUCCCCGACCUUGCUGAGGGGGGCACAGAACCGCCACUCAGCCGUCUUGUUGAUGAGAUCAUAGAACAGCUUGACAAGCUCAAAGCCCCACACGAACCAGAAACAACUGUCGCUCUGCCCCCAGGAAACUUCCAGCAGAAAAGUUUCAUCGUAACCAUUUUAAAACGGUUCUUGAAGUGCAUGCAAGUUAAGUCUGCAUUGCUGAACCCUGGGACCCAGAGGGUCAUGUAA